AUGUCUGAUCGCUCAGUAGAUAGUAGUAGUACAGCAAAAGCGGCAUUAAACAUUGAAAGCAGUUCAUCACCUGUCGCACAGAACAUUCGAAAGCUUGCGGGCAGCCGUAAACAUGGUGUCCUGAAACGAGCGCAUGCGAAAGUUCAAGCGCAUGUAAAAUACCAUAUUACGUUGUCGCUGAACUGUCCACGACUCCCUGAUCCAGCUUACGCCUACAACGAGACGUUUGUUCGCUACUACAUCACUCCCCUGCUUCCCCAUGUUGCCUUCUACAAGACCAUCGACGUGAAGUGCGCAACUGAAAUGCCUGAUACCAAAUGUCAUGGAUAUACAGCUUGGGAUCCUGUUGAAAAAGCGAUUAUUAUUGCUUUCCGAGGGACAGACGGCAAAAACGGAGUGCCAUUCUUCAAUAACGGCCACCUGUUCAAAUACUUCCAUGAUGCGUUCUUCUUCCUGUGGAAUGGUGGGCUUGAACAGCAAGUGCGGACGCUCAAAUUCCAAUAUCCUAACUACAAAUUCUAUCUGACUGGCAUUUCGCUUGGUGCAUCAAUCGUUCCAUCUUGCUUUCAUUAUGAGGAGAAGCUGGAAACAUAG